UUGGCCGUCGUGAUUUCUUGGCGCGGAUAAAUUUUUGUUGAUCACUCGAUUUGCGCUUGAUUCAAAUACAAGAUUUCAAUAAUAUUUACGACUUUUUGACAACACAUCCGACAACGACAAUAAAAACAGUAAAAAAAUAAAUAUUAAUAAAUUCACCGUUAAUGCAAAAGCUGUCGGUGUUAAGCAGCCGCCGCUAGCGUCUCAUUAUUCAGAACGUAUGCGAAACGGCGAUAAAAAUCAAAGUGCAAUGUUUUACAAGUAUCAACACAAAGUGUCGCGAGUCGAAAUAAAUUAACGUAUUCAUUUAUCCCCCCCACAAACCUGUUACAUAUUUGAAUUUACAAUUCAAAAUUCGCUGCUGCAGCACAUUCGCGUGUUCGCAUCGAAAACAAAAAGCCAAAUAAAGUGUUUCGGGGUCAAUGCUGUCUAUUUGUGGCCGCUGCUAGCAAAAAGUAUCUACGCAACGCAAACGCUUGAGCGUGUUCAACGAGCAAGCGCCCAAACUACAAAAGGAUUGCAGCAGCUGCGGCAAUUUGAGCUGCUCUUGAGGCGCCUGGCAACGCGCUGCGAAUAAUUGAAUCAUAAACGGACAGCGACAGACGAACAAAUCGGAGCCAUUGCGGGCAAUGUUAACAAAGCCAAGCGAAUAAUUGUUGCAGGGCGCCGCCAGGACGACGACAGGCAGAAGGCUGAGAAAUGACAGCCGCGCUGCUUUAAUUAAAGUUGCCGCGCGGAGGAGGCGCGUGGAGCCGAAGCUGCCAACAGACAGAGACUAAAAAGAGAGAGAGAGAGAGCGAAAGAGAGAGCGGGGGAGACAUUGAAACGCAAUGUGGCUGAUGCCGCGGACUGUGCACAACAGAACAAAGUGGACGAAAUUGCUUUUGGAACUGAAGAAACGUUUACCGGACGGCCGCAUAUAAACAGCGCGAGCAGACAUUCAUUUUGAUUACAUUUACCUUUUACACUGCGCCACAAGAACUGACACGCAACUGAAAAAUUAGCCAAAAAAAAUAAACAGAAAAGAAAGAAGAAGCAGCCAAGCAAAAGCCAACUACCAAAUAUCAACGAGCCAAGUUGAGCUCGCGUCUGCAGCUGAGCUGAGCUGUUGAAUUUUAUCGCAUGAAAUAGCCGCAAACAAGGGGCACUAGUUGUUGUGGGCGUGGCCAGUGCAGUGCAGUCAGUUUUGCAUGCCUCAGGCAUUGGAAGAAGGCAUCGCGCCAUUGCCGCCCAUCAACAGCUACACAUGAGCACGCCGCUGUGACAAGACGAGCUCGAGCAGGCGUGGAGGCACACCGGGCGCAUUUUCGUUUCGUCAACUGCAAGCGGCAGCCAAGCGGAGUGUCAGCGUUAGGCCAUCAACGCAACGUGGCAGUCCCGCAACGAAAUUGGCUUCAUCACCCCCCACAAAAACCCCGGACAACGUUGGCCCACAUCAGCAGCAGCAGCAUCAGCAGCUGCACAAGAAGAAGCAGCGACAGCAGCAGCUCCUCGUCAUAGUCAGGCAGCAGUUGUCACUGCGGGGCAGAAAACGCAUAAGCCAUCUACAACUAGCCCACAUUUCAUCCCCCAGUCCCAAUCUAGCCCGUAACCAGCAGCAGCAGCGAUCCGAUGAAUCUGCUUUGCUGUUGUUGUUGCAGUAACAUGGCACCAAACCAGCGCGUCACACGCAAAUGGGAACUGUUCGCCGGACGCAAUAAAUUCUACUGCGAUGGAUUGCUAAUGUCCGCACCGCACACGGGUGUCUUCUACUUGACGUGCAUCCUGAUUACUGGCACCAGUGCCCUCUUCUUUGCCUUCGACUGCCCUUUCCUGGCCGAACGCAUCAAUCCAGUCAUACCCAUUGUGGGCGCCGUUUUAUACUUCUUCACGAUGAGCUCGCUGCUGCGCACAACCUUCACGGAUCCUGGCGUUAUACCGCGUGCCUCGAACGAUGAGGCCGCCUAUAUUGAAAAGCAAAUUGAAGUGCCAAACUCGCUGAACAGUCCCACAUACCGGCCGCCGCCCCGCACCAAGGAGGUGCUCGUCAAGGGCCAGACUGUUAAGCUGAAGUACUGCUUCACCUGCAAGAUCUUCAGACCGCCGCGCGCCUCGCACUGCAGUCUCUGCGAUAAUUGUGUGGACCGCUUCGAUCAUCACUGUCCCUGGGUGGGAAAUUGCGUUGGCAAGCGAAAUUAUCGGUUCUUUUAUUUGUUUCUAGUCUCACUGGCAUUUUUAGCCGUAUUUAUAUUCUCGUGCUCUGUGACGCAUUUAGUUUUAUUGAUGAAAACGGAACCGGAGGUCUUCGUAGUAAUAAAGAAGGCGCCCUUCACUGUGAUUGUUGUGUUCAUUUGUUUCUUCUCCAUUUGGUCGGUGAUUGGACUGGCUGGCUUUCACACAUAUCUGACCACCAGCGAUCAGACAACGAAUGAGGAUCUCAAGGGCUCAUUCUCCUCCAAGGGCGGGCCGCGCACUCAAAAUCCCUAUUCACGCGGCAACAUUUGCCUCAACUGCUGCCAUAUUCUGUGCGGCCCCAUGACACCCUCGCUGAUUGACAGGCGCGGCGUUGCCACGGAUGAGUACAUACAGCAGAUGCAUCAUUCCAGUCCGCGUCAUGCGCUAAGCGAUGUCAUCAGCGCCUCGCAAAUGGUCACCACAGCGCAGCCCAUGCUGGGCAACGUGGCGGGCAUUGCCGGUGCCGGCGGCGGCGUAAGCAUUGGUGCUGUCGGUGCUGAGCUAAAGCCGCGCUUCUACGAUGAGUCGAAUCCCUCCUCUUCGACGUUGGAGAGCAAUGGGGUAGCCGCCGCAUCUGGUGGUGGUGGUGCAGUCAACGGCCAUGGACAUGGCCUCGGGAAUGGCUUUGAUCGUCCGCCCAGCUACGAUAUGCUCCAAAACGGUAAGUCCAAGUCGCGCAGGCAGCAGCAUCAACGCUGCUCGCUCCAGACACUGCUGCCCGCCAGCGCACAGCACCAGUUUAAAGCCAACAAACACAAACAACUCAAACACCAAACACACAACCAUCAAAGCCAACAACACACACACACACAUCCACACCAACAACAACCACAUCAAAAGCAACAGCUUUUGGCCGCCGAACUGCAGCUACAUCUGCAGCAGGAGGCACUCGCCAGCGGAUUGGCCACGCCAUCUUCUGCGCAGCGCUCGCCGGCCUCCUCCUCGUACCGGCUGAAUCUGAAGCGGUCGCUGCAUCUGCCGCUGACGCCGUCGUACGAUGCACGCAACUCGCCGCUGCCCCUGUUGCAUCAUCAUGUUCACGCACAGCAGACGACGGCCAUUGGCAGCGUGUCGGCGGCGGCGAGCGGUGGCAACGGCGGCUCUUCAUCGUCGACGACAACAGCGCCCACCUCCGCCUCGUUGGCAACGGCGCCGGCGCUGGCACCACGGCGACCCUCGACACUGCAGUUACAGGCCAGCGCCGCGAUCUCGGCCAGCAACAGCACGGUGACCAUGAUACAGACAUCGGCGCCGCAGCCGCCGGCGCCCAGCGACUACAAGUACUUCUCCCCGCAGCGCGUUAGCAAUUAUCCAUUUCCGAAGCAGGCGCGCAGCAUGCGCCGCCAAUCCACACAGUCGGUGGACUCGCAAAAGGUUAAUAUUGCCGGCUAUCAUCCGCUGCCGAUGCGUACGCGCUACAAGCACCAGGAGGUGAUGUUCGAACUGAAGUCACCGACCAAUCGGCUGACCAUUCGUGAGUGCGACUUUGGCGGUGGCGGCGAACCCUGCGACGACGAUCAGUCGAUCAAGGACAGCCAGAUCUUUCGUGUUAGUAAACGAAAUCUUUAUAUGAAUCACCGAUCGCCAUGGAAGGAGCGCGAUCGAUACUCGAACCUGUACGAGUACUCGUUCAACAUUGAUCUCAAUUCGAUUAUCGAGGAUGCCGCGGGCAGCGACUCGUCCUAGUACGCAGCUCCUCGAAUCUCCCAAGCAAACACUGCCGCUGGCUGUGACCGCCAUUUGGUUGCAGUCGACACUGACUACAUUGAUUGGUUGUUAAACGCUGUACGCUCUAAGGGAUGUCCCCGUGCUGGGCUCUUGGCAGUAUGCCUCCGAUUCCUACUGCUGCCAGGCUCCGGCUAGGUAUGCUGUUCGGGCAAAAGCAAUUCACAAUAGUUAGACCGUAACGCACGGAUUUUGCAAGAAAAAACCAAAAAAAAAAUUAAAAUUAAUAUAAAACAAAGAGUUUUUCAAAUCGAAAAAUUUGCUAUAUAGUCUGAUGACAUGCAUAUACGUAUAUAUGUGUAUAACUUUUUGGUUAAUACCCAACACUGGCUUUGUCAAUUUCACAAUUGGCUUCCGCGACGCGCUUUUUAUAGGGUAUUUGAUUUACGGUAGUUCUAGUUGGAAUUGAAUUUUUAUUUUGCACGCGUAGUUGCAGCUCAGAUGUCGCGUUUCUGUUUUUUUCUAAAAUUUUGGACACCCAGCAACCAACCCCUGCCCCCUGGUAGAACCCGACCCAGACCUAAACCCGCAAAAUAAAAAAAAAAAACGAAUAGAAUAAAAAAAACUUGGUUCAUACAAACUUUUGCGUUUAUGUAGCACCUAUAUAUCAUAGGCGAGCCACGCUGGAGCACCGCAUUCGCACCCGCAACAGCGGAGCGCCAGUGUGGCCAUAUAUUUUCAGUUGUCGCAGCAAUUAACACUGACACACACACACACACACAGACACACACACACAGACACACACACACAGACAGACACAUACACACUUAAAUGUUGAAAGUCCAUAUCCCGACGCCGCCACCUCCAAUAGUAAAUAAAUUAUACCAAAACCAAAACGAAAACGAAAACGAAAAACUAUUUAAGAGCAAUGCAUUUUAAAGACACUUGCAUGUUGAACUCGGUUCGUAGUUGAUUGAGAUUUUUAUUUAUUAAAUAUAUAUAUACAGAUAUAUUUAUAUACAUCUGUAAAAAGAAUUGUGGCAGUCACUUGUGCAAUUUAGUUGAUAUUUAUUUUUUAAGGUUUCAACUAAAUGAAGUCGAAGAAAACGCAAUUAAAACUUAGCAAACAAUUUAUAAAAAUAGCCAAACAACUGCCAUUUAUUGAGAAAACCACGUUCUGUUCAAAAUGUAUGUUCAGUUGUAUUAACAACAAAAACAAAAUAAAUAUACUUGUAAAAGCAAUUUGGAAAAUCAAUUAGAAUUUGAUAUGUGUAGUGUUGUAUAACAAUUUUAAUAGAUCUGUAAUUUUAAAAGCAAUUAACAAAACUCUAGUCGAAACCAACUAAAUGAUGCAUUAAUGCCAAAUGCAUGCAAUAAUAUUGGAUAAUUAUUAGGUUUAACAAAUUGCCAAGUGACUGCAAAUAUGUCAUUAAAACAUAUAUGUUAAAACUGAGAGACAAAUAUUUAUACAUCAACUAGUUAUAAAUGUUAAAGAGAGAGAGAGAGCACGAACUCUGGCCUAUAGGACGAAACAGCAUGGAAUUACUUAGAUUCGAGCUGCUUUUGUUUAUGGCCAGCGGGGGUUGCUCGGAUUUUAAGUGAACAACAAAAAUUCAAUAGAACAAUAAGUCAGCUUACUGUAAAACGGACGGCGCACUAGCAGCUCGUGCCCAGUCUUUAAGGCUAUUAAUGUUACGCAUUAACAAUAUAUUAUAUAUAUUAUAUAUACAUAAAUGAGUUCCUUUUAGCAAUGGAAGAGUUAUAAAAAUGUAUACAUAUGUAUGUUGAAAAUGUUCAGAUCAUGCGUGUUGAAUAAUACAUAUAGUAUAUAUACAUAUACAUAUAUACUUACGUAUGUGCUAAUGUAUGUUAUAAUAAACUGCUGAUACACAUACACACACACACACAUACAAACAUAAAUAUAUAAUUAUACUUAAAUGUUGGGCAAUAAAAUGUACUCUAGCGUAUCUAUGAAAACAA